AUGGAAGGAGGCUGGCUUGGGGCUAAGCUGGCAGAGGGAAAUGCAGACCCUAGACCAGAUGGAGAUCGUGAUGGAGGACGGGAGGGAAUACUCGACGGGGAGAUUGAGGGUUUGCCUGAUGGGACGAAGCUGGGAGUCACAGAUGGAACCGCCGAUGGAACAUCGCUAGGGCUCAAGGAAGGAACAAUCGAUGGAGAGACAGAAGGUUUACCUGAAGGUCCAAUGCUGGGGCUUGAUGAUGGCUCAAGAGAAGGGCUGGAACUAGGAGUCAUGGAAGGAGACUUGCUGGGAGUAGAGCUGACAGAUGGAAAUGCAGAUGCAAGGGCUGAGGGAGCUAGCGAUGGACUAUGA